AUGUAUCUCCGCGCAGCCCACGCAGAGAACUCAAUCAAAGCUCUCUUCGAAUUCAUUCAAGGGAAUCCCCUAGGUGUCCUCACCACCGCCAUUUCCUCGCCAUCCUACCCAUUCCUCCAAUCCAGCCAUAUCCCCUGGGUAUUGGAUAUCUACGACGAUGACCCCUCGGCGCCCGUCAAAGGACUCCUACGAGGCCACAUGGCCCGACAAAACCCCCACUCCAAAGCCAUGAUGGAAUCUUGCACCAAUUCACCUACUGGAAAACUCCAGCAAGACGUGAUGAUCCUCUUCACGGCCCAGGAUCACCACUACGUGACGCCGAAAUUCUAUACCGAGACCAAGCCGGCUACUGGGAAGGUGGUGCCGACGUGGAACUACGCCGCGGCUCAAGUCUACGGUAAAGCUACGAUCUAUUAUGACUCGGCUGCGGAUGAAACGGCGCAAUAUCUUCAACAGCAGAUUCAUGAUUUGUCUCAAUUGUGUGAGACUUCUAUGAUGGGUCAUACGGGUCAAGAGGGGAAGCCUGGGCCUUGGAAGGUUUCUGAUGCGCCGGAGCGGUAUAUCGAUAUUAUGAAAAAGAAUAUUAUCGGCAUUGAAGUUUCUAUUGAGAGUAUUGGGGGUAAGUUUAAAAUGAGUCAGGAAUUGGGAGAGGGGGACCGACAAGGUGUUAUUCAGGGCUUUAAUAACCUUGGCUCGGAUGUUGGGACUAAUCUGGCGGGUUUGGUGAAAGAGCGUGGGGAGAUGAAGGAUGCAGCGAAGGGCCAGAAAUGA